CCUCCCGGUGUUUGGUGGCUGGCUGUAACGCCGUCAUCCAAGACCCUUGUGGACAUGACGUUUGCAAAAGCCAUGCAUCUUGUGCCGUUCAACUAGAAGGGUCGAUCGUCUGGCACCAUGAAAACUGUUUUGCCUGCUACGACCUAGUCGAACGGGUCACCUCUGACACCUCGAAGGCUGUCCGGGACCCUGCUCUUUCUACCCGGAAGGUUUGGGUAGGUGGCUUCGGGCGCAACGUUGGCAAAGCGAAGCCGUACAUCUUGUCACAAGAUUUGGCUACUCUAAUCUUUCCGGCAGGAAAAAGUGCGAGCUAUGUGGAUCCGAAGUUGGCAGCCCCGGUCAUCGCCUCUAUUCAGGCUGCAGUUGCUGAAGAGUCGGAGGAAACUUCGCAGCAGGAACUAAUGGUGGAAGAGCCUGCUCCGGAUAUGGUUCAAGAGCCCCUGACUUUAGACAUGGGCUAUGGUAAGAGUGGUAAUGAGGCUGUUCUUCCUAGUGCUCAAGGUCUUUCCUUGAGCGCUUCUGAUACUUCUUCUCCUUCGUCUUCUAAUUCUUUUCAAGGUUUCGCCGGCGGAUUACCUCCAUCUAGGUUGAAAUCCCUCUCGGCAAUUCCUAAGGUCAAAACUAAACUUAAGCCUAAACUACUGCAAAAACCUAAAGACAACCCCAAAAAAUCAUAUGAUAGCUUAAGUAUUAAAACUCCGGUUCAACAUCCCGGAGUCGACAAACCCAGACAAAAGUCAUUGCCAAGGUCAUUGAAGUCUAAGCCUCUGAAGGGGAAGUCUUACCCUUCCCCUUCACAUCCCAUUCCAUCGACCUCUAAGGUUCAGGUACCUCAUAGUGUACCAGGGGAAAACUAAUCGUCUCCUUCCUUUCAUUCAGAUUCGUUCGCCUCGAACAUUUUGGAACAGUUUGGUAAUUUAGGCAACUUGGUCCAAGAAGUACUUCAGAGGCUAGGUACACAGGAGUCCUUAAUGUCAGGACUCCAGCAGGGUGUGUCAGGUAUGGUGCGCCCCAGUCAGUUGGCACCAAGCGAGGUCAUGCCAGACAGUUCCACUCUCCCUCCUUUCCACCUGGGUAAUCCUUGGAGGGUGGCGAACUACGCCCCUUACGUCAACGGAAUGUUAACCAUUGAGGGUUGCGGUACUCGAAGGCUUGAAGACUUCGAGUUCUACCCUCCAGGGUUACAGGCUCCUUUCAUCAGCUAUGUCCGCCUUACGGAGUCUGCUCUAGUUAGGGAGGACAAGGUCCCAAAGGAGACUGUAAUCCUUUUGAGGGACCAAGCCCAACAGGCGUGGAUUCGCAGUCUGGACGAGUGAAACUGCGCCAAUACCAAAGUAACUGCCUUCAAGAGCCCGUUCACGAUGUUUAUAGCGGACGACAAGAAUCCGUUACCGUUCACUUCCAAAGUAGCAGAACUCACUCUUCAGGCAGUUAUGAGGGAUGAGCCUAUGCCUCAACUGAGAGAGACAGACCCUACAUCAUUGUUGCUUCCGGGUGGUGAAGACUUCUGGGUAGACCUUCCGGCAACCUUCUCUGUGGGGAAGCUUUAACCGGACUGUGCGAUAUCCCUGUUUAGCGAACGUCUCCCUAGGCUCUCAGAUACUCUGAUUCAAGAGUUCGACGCUAGGACAAGGCUUGCUAGGUCUCUUAACUCCCUAGUGAUGACCGAACCUGCGGCCCUUGUGUAUUCACAAGAACUGCUGUUUAAGGUCAUUGCGAAGUCGUUACUGCUUAGCAUGCAAUGCAACCUGUACGACUUUGCUGUGGCUAGGAGGAAUUGCAGAAAGCGUGUCCUAGCCGAAUCUACAAUCAGGCAUGAACCAAAUAAACUCCUGGCUUCUUCCAUUUGGGGUGCAGACCUCUUCCCGGCCUCGGUUGUUAAUGAAGUCCAACACGAAGCUGCGCGCCUCAAUCAGAGCAUAAGGGUUCGUUGGGGGAUAGUAUACAAGAGGAAACCAGAUUCCUCCUCCUCAAGUUCCAAGCCCAAAAAGAAGCCCAGGAGGUUCCAGCCCUUCCAGGCCCCUCAACAUCAGACCUUGGUUCAAGCCGUCCCUGUGCCUCAACCCUCCACCUCUAAGGCCCAGCCCCAGCAGCAGUUCGUUUUUCUGCAGCCCCAACAGCAGCAACCUUCGGCCCCUUUCGCUGUCUCUCCUGCCUUUAAUCAAGCCUAUGAGAACCAGGCAUUUCAGGUCUUCAAUAGGUUCGGUAGGGGGGGCAGGGCUAGGGGUCCCUUUCGUCAACGUGCCGGCAGCAGAGCAACUGGCCGUGCCAGAGCUGCAAGAGGAGGCCGCGGGUCGCGUCCAUCAUCAGCCCAAUGAGGUCUCGCAGGUAGGAGGGAGGCUGUACCACUUUCGUCAUCGUUGGGGGUUCAGCAAUUGGGCACAAAGCAUCGUAUCCAGAGGCCUAGGCUGGAGUUGGAUCGUAGGUCCUCCUCCACCCAACACCUUCUAUCAGGAGCCGAAACCGGAGUUAAUAGAAUACUCUCAAGACCUCCUCCAAAAGGGGGCGGUGUCAAAGACAAGGUAUUUAAAAUUUCAAGGGCGCUUGUUCAGCGUUCCAAAGAAAGGCUCGGACAAGCGAAGGGUAAUCUUAGACUUGUCCCGUCUAAACUUAUCAAUUCGCUGCGAAAAGUUCAAGAUGCUGACCAUCUCUCAGGUGCGGACCUUACUUCCCCGUGGGGUCGUCACCACCUCUAUAGAUCUUACAGACGCCUACUAUCAUGUCCCGAUAGCACGGCACUUCCGUCCGCUUCUGGGCUUCAAGUUAGGUAAACAAGCCUUCUCUUUCAAAGUAAUGCCCUUCGGGCUCAAUAUAGCCCCAAGGGUCUUUACGAAGUUAGCAGAAACGGCAGUGUAGGAACUAAGGUCACAGGGUAUCAUGGUAGUAGCCUAUCUGGACGAUUGGCUGGUGUGGGCUCCAAGCAUCGAAGAAUGCAACAAGACUACGGACAAGGUGAUCUGUUUCCUCGAACAUCUUGGAUUCAAGAUCAACAGGGGGAAGUCCUGCCUGACUCUGGAGUCCCGGUUUCAGUGGCUGGGCAUCCAGUGGGACUUGGAUUCUCAUACUCUUUCCAUUCCUCCAGCAAAGAGGAAAGAGAUAGCCAAAGCAACCAGGCAGUUUCUGAAGUGCAAACAGAUGUCCCGGAGAAACCAGGAGAGGAUCCUGGGUUCUCUACAAUUCGCCUCAGUGACGGACAGACUUCUGAAAGCCAAACUCAAGGACAUCAAUCGGGUUUGGCGUUCCAGGGCCAACGCAAGAUCCCGGGACAGGCUCGCCCCGAUCCCGGAGAUUCUGCGCAAACGUCUCCGUCCUUGGGCGGAGGCGAAGAAUAUAGCGAAGAAGAUCCCGCUACAGUUUCCCCCUCCGGCGUUAGUGAUACAAGAAGGUGCAAGGGACCUGGUCCCCCCAGUUCCAACAGCUUCAUAUAAACGUCCUGGAAGCUAUGGCAGUGUUCCUUACCCUGAGGAAACUCCGUCCGGCCAAGAAAUCACACUUAAAGCUGGUGCUCGACAGUGCCGUAGUUGUGCACUGCAUAAACAGGGGAGGCUCAAAAUCAAGUCAUCUAAAUCACAUGAUGAUAGCCAUCUUCUCAAUCGCAGCCAAGAACAGUUGGCAUCUAUCGGCCACUCACCUAGCAGGGAUUCAGAACGUGGUAGCAGACGCGCUUUCACGCUCAGUUCCUCUGGAGUCAGAGUGGUCUCUGGACAGCAAGUCAUUCAGGUGGUUGCGUCACAUGGUACUGGGGCUCGAGGUGGAUCUGUUUGCAACAGAGUCAAAUCACAAGCUUCCAUGUUAUGUGGCUUCCAACCUGGACCCUCUGGCUUUCGCCACGGACGCACUGGCAUUAGAUUGGAACCAAUGGAAGAAGAUAUAUCUUUUCCCUCCAGUGAACCUUCUCUUGAAGGUCCUGCACAAAUUGAGAUCUUUCAAGGGCCAGGUGGCUCUCAUAGCCCCCAACUGGCCGAAGAACAAUUGGUUUCCUCUAAUGAUAGAAUUAGGUCUGAGUCCUCGUCAGCUGCCGAAGCCCAUGCUGUCCCAACAAGUCCAAACGAAGACUGUGUUCGAUUCCUCAGGUCUUCACAAAGCCCUAACUUUAUGGACUUCAUGAAGUUUGCUGCACAAAGGGGCGCAGACAUAGAUCCUCAAAACAUCCUGUUCUUAGAAUCAGAUAAGCGAGAGUCAACACUUCGCCAAUACGAUUCGGCGGUUAAGAAGCUGGCUGUCUUCCUCAAUAAAUCUGAUGUUCAUACCAUGACACAAAUCUAGCUAUCCCCUUCUUCAGGAAUUUAUUUGAACAAGGUUUGGCAGCUAGUACAAUAACCACAACUAAAUCAGCAUUGAAAAAGAUUUUUCAAUUCGGGUUUGACAUAAACCUAACAGAUUCUUACUUUACCUCAAUCCCCAAGGCUUGUGCCAGGCUUAGGCCUGUUGAACGACCAACUGCAGUGUCUUGGUUCCUAAACGAUGUCCUUAAGUUGGCAUCGGAUAUUAAAAACUCAUUCCCACGGGUACAUGACAUUAGAGCUAUAGCAACCUCAAUUAAUUUCUUCCAGCACAUGAGCUUCGAAGAUCUGAAGAAAUAUACUGGUUGGAAAUCCCCUUCAGUUUUUAAACGCCACUACCUUAAAUCUUUGGAAGACCUUAAGUUCCCGGCGGUAGCUGUAGGGAACACGGUUUCCCCUGUUAUGGUCGGAAGUAGUUUGCAGUAGUUACCUUGUCUCCUCCUUUACUCCUUCCUACCAGCCUCAUUAUCAGUCUACCUCAUCCCAGUAACAUAUUUUCAAUACUGGGCAGAUUUAUGUGAUACGUACAUAAUAUUCAUUUAUAGGUGCCUUUUUCAAACUAUAUUGUAUACAAAUUGUUUGUUUAUUGCCUAUCAUGUCUUAAAUUUAAGUCUAUUACGUUUAAAUUAAGGAUUACAAUUUAUAUGUAUAUAUUAUUAUAAUAUUG